AGUCAAAAGCAAUGCAAUUUUAAGAGGCCUGAGAUUCUAGAUUCAAAGUCAGAUUUUAUAUUUUGUAUAUCUUUGUCUUUUAUGUGUAUUUUUAUGCCUUGCUGUUUCGUUCUGGUGCAAUAAAUUUACUUAUUAUAUAGCUAUAUUAUCAUGAAAUAGUUUCAAAGUCUCUCAGAUCUUGGCUCAGCCGCACCAAACAAUAAUCAAACUGAUCGUAAACUGAACCCAACUGGUCAGUUGCCGGGCAUCAAAUCGAAUUACAAUGCACGAAAUGAUCCAGUUUCACUAAUAAGCAGCCAUUGGCUGAGUGCAUCGAGAGGCAACGCAGUGCAAUGUGAUCGGUAUAUAUAUAAUAUGCGUAUGCAUCUGUGUAUGUGUUUGUAUAUGCAUACUUAAGCAUAUGUAUAUAUAUAGGCUUCCACCCAAUAUACAUAUAUUCAUUAUGCAAUAAUGGCACGACCAAAGACAGAUCCAAAACAAAACCAAAGCAAACCAAUCCAAAGCCAUAACAUAAUGUUAUCGAAAUCAACAUCCAAAUCAAUUUCAACAAGCGACUGGCAUCGGCAUCAAGUGGUCAUAUAUUCCCCAAAUGGAGCAGAAAGACCAGCCAAGACGAGUCUGCGUCACAAUGAGGAGCAGCAUGCGUAUUUGUAUGCAGAUGUGUCUGCCAAAGAGAGAAAUGUGGCAUGUGGAAUGUGGUAUGACAAAUGGGUUUGCAGAUGCUGUCGAAACCUGUCUGUUAGAAUGUCCCUGCCAUCUGACCCCCAAUCGGAGUGCACACACAACGCUUAUGUCGCACAGGUGUAUCUGGUCAAGGCGAGCGAGCCAGGCACAGCACAGCACAGCAGCAGCAUUCGUCUGGCAAUCAGCGGCUAACAUUGGCGUGUAGCCAGCGAGCAGAGUCAGAUCAAUUUGGCACAGAAUCCAAAUUGGAAUUUCAAAUCCAAGAUUCCAUGCACAGCCGCAAUUGAAGCUUCUCGAGAAGUCGCAGCAGCGCUCUCUGUUGGGCACGCAGCAGUACACCUGAGUCCCAACAGACUGAGACAGUUAAGCGGCGUCGGCGACAGCAGCGACGGUGACGACGACGUCGUCGACGGCAGCGUUGUCAGCGUCGGUCCAACCCGUUCAGUAUAAUUCGAACGCUCAUUGAAAAUGGUCUGCAGGCCGCGCAUGCGCCAAGCCUACAACACCACGUUCACCUCCAAGUCGUAGUCAGAGUCGGAUUCGGAUUCGGAUUCGGUUUUUCGGAGCUAGAGUCGCGUGCUCAUAUAAGCCACAUUUUGAUAGUUUCACGUUUGAAUUUGUAUUUUUGUUGUUGUUAUUUUUAGUUUUCUUGUGCUUGUGUAACGAAAGUUUAACGGCUGAAAAAUACAUAUACUUAUAUAAAAAACAAACCAAAAACAAAAUUGUGAAAAUUUGUACGGAGACGUGACCAGGCAAGGCGUGGCCGCAGUGUAGCGCCAAAUUUUUGAAAAUCGCUCCAAAAUGAGCAGUUCAGUCCGGAUGAGGAUUGCACAGUUACCGCUGCCGCCGCUGCUGCUGCUGCAGCUGCUGCAGUUGACAAUGCUGAUGGGGGGAAUUGGGGCAUUGCCCACGAUACAGCAGCAGGGACAGCAGAGUGGUGCCAAUUAUGUGCAGCAGCUGGACAAGAGCUUCUUCCAGCCACCGGAGAUUGAGCAGACAAUUGACGAGGUGCAGAAAAUACUGGCCAAUGAUCCGGCGCUGCCCAGGCUGACACGCGGCGAAAUCGAGGAGCUGUACGAGAAGGUGACGCGCGAGGAGUACGAGAAGAGCAUCGAGGCGGGCGACAUGAGCCGAGCGGACAGCAUGCGUGCUCUGAUGCUGGUGCUGCCCUAUAAUACGGACAACAAUACCGAGGAGAAUCUGCAGGAGCUGUAUACGCGUCCGCCGGUGACCCGGGUAAUUGACGCCUAUACGCCACCCAAUCCAAUAAAAUUUCUGACGCCCGAUCCCAGUGCCAUGCCGCGCAGCACAGUGCCCGGCGGCAAUCCCGCUGUGGCUGCCACCACCUACAAGCCAGCCUAUGCCAAUUUGCAGAAGCAGCUGUUACCGGCGCCCACAGCGACUACAUAUCAUCCGCCAGCGCCGGCGCCAGUAAUGUACCAGUUGGCUCCAUCGCUGGCCAAGCCUAGCAUGGACUUCCAGCCGGUUACCAAUGUGCCGCAGGCUUACGCCUACCCCAAGACACAGUUAACACAAACGGCGCUUCGCCCUGCUCAGCAGAGCGGCCAGCGCUUCAGCUCGCAUUACAGCGCCAAGAAUGCACAGUUUCUGCGCAAGCCGAAGCCGGCCCUGGCCACUUCCAGCAGCACAGUCAAGCCUGUGGCGGACAUUCUAGAGAGUCUGGGCAUUGUGGGCGGAGCUGGUGGCGGCAACGGUCAGUCCACUCACAAGCGCUAUGCCAUUGACGAUUACUAUCCGGCGGAAAGUGCACCGCAGCCCGUAGUGGCUGUGGCGGAUUUACGCGGACUGCAGGGCGCACGCAUCCGACCGGAUGCCUAUUCCAAUUUCAAGCCGCUCAACAUUGGCGAGGAGCUGCGUGUGAAGCCCGAGGUCGAGGGCUAUCUGACGCGCUUUGGCAUUGUAAAGAAGUCGCCGAAGGCUUUGAAGAAAGCUCAGCCCACGGCGGAGCCAACGGGCGCCCACACGGAGCUAUCUACAGCAACCGCCAGGCUACCGCCACAGAGCAAUGCGGAGCUGGCUAAGUUGCUAGAAAAUCUGCAGGAGCUGGAGCGCCUGCAAACGAAAAGUGGCCGCACAACACCAAGCACCACCAGCACCACCAGUACCACCAGCACGACGACCACAACAACAACAACAACAGCAGCGCCGCCCACAUCGCUGCCGACGGCACAGCUUAUCACCCAUGGUGCUCCGUUGCUCAUAGAGCCAAAAAAGCCGCGGCGCCGCAUUGAUCCCAACAUUGACAUCAACUUUGCGAACACAGGCAACCACCAGAACCCGGCCAGCUCAACGGAUGAGCUGUCCAAGCUGCUGCAGAAUCUGCAGGAGCUGGAGAAGCUAAAGAUUAAUCCCGAGAAUGUGCUGAAGGCAACUAAUCCCAACACCCAUGCGCUCAGCAAUCGUUUCAGCGUGAGCGACACCAGCACCACAGCGCCGCCAACAACCACCACCACUACCACCAGCACCACGGCCAAGCCGGCCAACAGCGAUGCACGUGAGCUGCAGCUUAUACUGCGUCAGCUGCAGCAGCUGGAACAGGCGAAUGCCGUGCGCAAGGCCGCCAGCAAGCCAACCACCACCACCACCAGCACCACGUCGAGACCUAAGCUGCCAAUAGGUCUAGGCUUUGGCCUUGAUACGGCGCAGGCCAGCAGGCUGGGCGCUGCGGAUCUGCUCCAGCUGCAGCGUCUGCUCAGCGAUGACAGCGAGCUGGAACGACUCUAUGAGCAGGCCCGGAAUAACAAGAAGGCGGCCAAGAGCAAAACGACCACCAGCGCAACCAGCACCAGCAGCAGCACCUCCUCGACGACGUCGACGACGACGACAACGACGACGACGACGACGACGCCGCGUCCCACCAAAGCGGCAGCUGCCGUGGAUCACGCACAGUUCGAGGCAUUGAUAACACGCGUGCAGCAGCUGGAGCAGCUGCAACAGCCCAAACCGACCACGCCGGGCUUUAGCACGCGCAAUGUCGCCGCACUUAGUCUGGGACCUAGCCUGGGCCUGCCCAGCAAUGAUUAUGCGCAGCUGCAGCAGCUGGCCGGCUCACCGCUAAUACUGAGCCAGGACUUUGGCCAAGUGGAAAUCUCGACGGCCGCCUCAACGGCCAAACAGCGCCGGCGACCGCUGAACAGCUUCGAGCGCAGCAAUGGCCUGCUGCAGGAUGUGCAGCCGCAGGACUAUGUGCAACUGCAGAAGCUGCUCAGCAAGGUGCAGGAGCUGGAGCGUGUCCAGCUGCAGGAGGCGCGCCCGACAACAAGCCAUCAGCUGGUAACCGCCGCCUCUGUGCGCACCCAAAAUGUGAAAAGCUUGAACGACGCACAGAUUGUCUACGCACAGCCAGCUGCAUUGGCUGAUACGGAAUCAAAUCUGAAGCUGGAACUGCCCGUCUAUAGGCAACCGGCAGCAGCGUAUACAACUCCCUUGCCAGCAAGGCAUGACCUGACCUCUAGCGAGGAGCUGCGCGAAUUUGCCAUGUCACAGCCAGCUAAUCCACAACAGAGCCGGGAUCCGGAUCAGGAUCAGGACUUCAAGCACUAUCAACAGUUCUUCAGCAGCCUAGAGGACAAUGGCGAGCGUCAAAGCUAUCAGCACAUGCAGCCCAUCUAUAAGACCGUGACACCGGCGCCAGUAUUAGCAUCGAUUAGCCAAAAGCAGCCGGUGGUGUUACCAGCAAAACCACCAGCACCACGAGCACCACCCGCACCGUUAGUACCAUCAGCUCCAUCGGCACCAGCCACGCCGAGGCCAACGCCCAAGCAAUCCGAUUUGGCUGAGCUGCAGAAACUUCUCUACAAUACGCAACAGUUACAGAAACUGGGCGUGGCGCUGCCCAAUGAGCUAUCCCAGCAGCUGGAAAGCCAGUUCCAGUCACAGCCCACCACCACCAGCACCACCAGCAGCACCAGCACCACCAGCAGCACUACCAGCACAACAACAACAACACCCGCACCAUUGGCUUCGCCAUCACCAACCCAUGAUUCAUCUUCACCGGCGGUUUUCUCGCUCACCACCAGCAAGCCAGCAUCACCACGGCCGCCACGUCCCAGUCCCACUACAGAGAGCAGCGUGGAGCUGCCCGUGUUCAGUGCCACGAAGAUCAUUGAAGCGGCCAUAAAGCGGGCAGCCAAUCGCAUUGGUGUCUCUACGGAGCAGCCCUUGAGCCUGGGUGCGGGCAGUGGCUUCCGCCGGCGUAGCGAUGACGCUAUGGAGCUGGGGGUGGGGGACGAACAGGAUGGCGUACUGGAUGGCGAUCUGAUGGCCGAGUUCAGUGAGCUCAACUAUCAGCUGGCCAAGCCGGAGCCCCAAGCGGAGGCCCGAGAGCAGCCAGAGCUAGGAGCUGAUCUGAGUGAACUGCAGCGUCUAAUCAGCAAUCUGCAGGAGCUACAGCUGCUCAACGUGAGCCUGGCCCAGAUGAAACCAGCUUCGCAAUCGCAGAUGGAUGCUAUUUAUUUGCAAUCGCUACCACCGGGCAUUGAUACCACAAAGCCGCGUAGACAGAGCUUGGACAACAGCAGCACCAUCGCCAGCACCACCAGCACAACUACACUGGAGCCAGAGGAGCAAAUUACGACGCAGGCGCCAACGCGCAUUAGCCUAGAUCUGGGACUCAGCGAUGGAGAGACCGAUGCUGUAGCGGGCAGCGAUGCAGACAUCUCUACGAGCACCACAACUGAGGCCAGCAGCAGCUCCUCGACAACGGAGGAGUCGCGCAAUGGCUCGCUGGAUGAUCUGGCCGACUCGUUCGGGCCCGAUCCUGUGUCCGAGGAGCCCCCGCCGCCCAAAAAGAAAAACGGCUUCUAUUUUCUAGCCGAUUGGAACUCGUUCCUCGAAGUCGGCGAUGGCGAUGAUCAGGUGGUGGUGCGUCUCAGUCCCAAAAUUGGCGAUCCCCGCGACUUCCUGGCCGUCUAACUGGCCCCUGGUCCCCCUGAUUGGCCAAUGUAAAUAGUAUCAUUUACCAUAACAAAAUCCCUAUCGUUACUGCGUGUGUGUGUGUUGUAUUUAUUUUAGUCACUGGUUUUUUUUUCCUCCGCCGCCUAGGGGCCCGGGCUGACCGGGUCGUAGUCAUAAGUUGGGGCCUAAGCCUAAGUUCUAAGAGUCAAUAACAGAAAAUAAAUAAAAAUAAAAAUGAACAAAUGUGCUUGAAAGAAAUGCACUCAUGCGAUUUUAUAUAUUCUAGUUUAAUAAAGAUGUAUAAUAAAGCCGAACAAAAAACCAUUGCACCACAA